AUGAGGGCCCAGCAGGCUUCCACGGCCGGUGGCUACACGAGCCCCGACGUUGGUGCCGGCAACAAUGGCUAUGGUGACCAUCUGUACCCGACGCAGCAAUCGACUGGUAUGCCGUACGCGCCACCCUCCGGUGCGCCGCCCAUGACCACCUCGGCGGUCACUUCGACAGGCUACGUCCAGGAGUCGGAGCCUACGGCUAGCCAGACACGCGUGGCCCCCCCAGUGGCUCAGUCUGCGCAGCCGCUGACUGCGAUGCCUGAGGCGCACACAGCGGAUGCAUACGAAAUGCAAUCGUACGCGCCUGCCUCUGGCGCGGUCGCUGGCGGCAGCAUGGGCAACGGCAGCUAUGCUAUUGACAUGCCCUCGGAUGUGAAGCCGGCCAACACGUUCUUCGGCCAGAUUAGUGUGAUCCAGGACACCAUUCGUCAGAUUGACCUGAAUGUGAACCGCAUCUCGGAGCUGCACUCGCGCUCGCUCAACAAUGUGGGCGAAGCUGCGCAGAUGGCAGCCGAACAGGAGCUGAGCAGUGUAGCUCAGCAGACGAGUUCGAUGACCAACCAGGUGAAGAACUCGAUCAAGGCCCUGGAGGUUGAGGCGAACUCGAUCAAGACUGGUACUGCGCCGCCGGAGGGUAUUGACCGCAAUGUGCGUCUGACACAGAUUGGCGCUGCGAAGAACCGUUUCAAGGAGACGAUUCUGCGGUACCAGGAGGUCGAGAAGGCCUACCGUACCAAGUACCGCCAGCGCACGGAGCGUCAGCUGCGCAUUGUCAAGCCCGAUGCGACUCAGGCGGAGAUUCAGAGCGCUUUGGAUGGUGAGCAGGGCGGUCAGCAGAUCUUUGCGCAGGCGCUUAUGAGUUCCAAUCGUCAGGGCGAGGCUCAGGGUGCGCUGCGUGAAGUGCAGGAGCGUCACAGUGACAUUCAACGCAUUGAGCGCACCAUUACAGAGCUGGCCGCGUUGUUCCAGGAGAUGUCAAUCCUGGUUGAGCAGCAGGAUGAGCAGCUCAACGUGAUUAAGGACCAUGCCUACCACACCGAGCAGGAGAUUCAGGCCGGUCGUCAGCAGACCGACAAGGCGGUAGUGGCCGCUCGUCGCCGCCGGAAGCGCAGGUGGAUCUGCUUCUGGCUCCUGGUCAUUCUUAUCAUUAUUAUUAUUGUUGUGGUUGUUGGUGCUGUUUGCGGUAGCGGCGUGUGCAAGGCCGGCAACAACUAG